UUUUAGAUUUGCCCUUUACAAAACUUGUAAGUUUGUAGGUUGAUAUUUAAUACAGUAAUUAAAUUCAAGAUUAAAUUAUGUCUGUGACUUCUCAAACACCUACUGUGGUUCCAGUUCCUUUUGACCCGCAGGCCGAUGCUAAAAUUUUAAAUGAGGCUAUGAGAGGAUUCGGUACAGAUGAGAAAUCAAUUAUACAUGUUUUGGCUCACAGACCAAAUGCUCAAAGGCUAGAAAUUGCUUCUCAGUUUAGAACCCUUUACGGGAGAGAUUUAGUAAAUGAUUUAAAAUCUGAAACAAGUGGAGACUUUAGUAUUCUACUUGUUGCUAUGAUGACACCACUUCCUGAAUAUUAUGCUAAAGAAUUACAUGAUGCUAUCAUGUCUUGGAAACAGAUACAAGUCUUGGGAAGAGGUAAAAAUGUGCUGAUUGAAGUUUUAUGUACCAAGUCGAAUCAAGAAAUUAUGGUCAUCAGACAAGCAUACGAAGCUUUGUAUUUUAAAACUUUAGAAGAGGAUUUAAGAGGAGACAGCAGUGGUACAUUCAGAAGGCUAAUGGUAUCCUUGUGUAAUGCUGGUCGGGAUGAAAUUAUGGUUGUAGAUGAAAACUCUGCCAGAACAGAUGCUCGAGAAUUGCUACAGGCUGGAGAACUUCGAUUGGGUACAGAUGAAAGAACUUUUAUUAUGAUUUUGUGUCAAAGAAAUUUGGCACAACUUCAACUAAUAUUUCAAGAAUAUUAUAAUUCGACUGGUCAUGAUAUUGAAGAAGCAAUAAAAAAUGAAUUUUCUGGAAACUCCAAGGAUGGCCUCCUUGCUGUUGUGCGAUCGAUCAAGAAUCAGUCUGCUUUUUUCGCAAAAUUGCAUAAGAAAUCUAUGAAGGGACUGGGUACAAAUGAUAGUGGUUUGAUUCGAUUGGUUGUGACUCGAUCAGAAAUUGAUAUGGUCGAAAUUAAGGCAGCAUACCAAUCUUGCUAUGGAGAAUCUCUAGCUGAUGCUAUUAAAGGUGACUGUUCUGGUGAUUACAUGAAAUGCCUUUUACAUCUUAUUGGGGAAGCUUAAGCUACAUUUUUUAUGUCGUUACUAUAAGUAUACAUUAUUACAUAUGUAAUUGUUACUCAAAUCACAACACUUUAUAAAAUAAUUUAACUUUCUUAAUUUAACUUCUUAGCUUUAGCAUGGGUUACGAUGUUCUAUCAAAGUUUAAAUUGUAUAGCAUAUUGUCGACCCGAUAUCAUUCUACAUUGGGUCUAAAUAAGGGUGAAAUGAGGCGAUAUUAAUACGUAUACGCAUACCUUUAUUUUCUUUCUUAAAAUUCUAAAUUGUAGAGAGGUUUCACCCGGGCCGCACAGAACUCGCUACAGAACUUGGUUUGCGUUGUUGUCAGAUGCUCUUUAUCGAUAUAUAAUUCAUUCCUUUUAUGACGACAUAAAAUUAAAAAUUAUUUUAUUUACAACCAUGAAACA